AUGAUUUUGGGCGCGUCUAUUGUGCAGAGAAAGAACUUCGCCCGAUGGAACGCCACGGCGAAAAACAAGGUCGCGCUUUUGAAAAAAGGGGAUUGGGUGUUAAUGAAGCGGCCCGGGACGAUUAGGGGUCAUCGACUCCGAUGCGAAGGCCCUUACGCGUUCCUUGGGUGGCUCCCCGGUCUCAAAAACAAGAAGGCGGUUUUGCAAGACCAUCUCGGGCAAAAAUGGUUCCGCAACGCUCACGAGCUUUGCCGGUAUUUUCCCCGUAUCCAGUUCGUCCGCGAGUACCUGGAGGAGGUCCGCGCCGUGGAUGGCGUCCGCCCUAUGCCCAACCUCCUUAUUGCCCGUUCGAAACGUCCAUACCGGCGGGGUAUGAGCGAGGAAGGGCUGGAGAGGAAGAAGCGGCAGCAGCGAGCGGAGGAGCGGUCCCAUCGGAAGCGGGGACCUCCUGAAACUUCGGAAUCCACGGAAUCCGAAGAGAUCCCUUUAGUUCGGCCAAAAUCGUUGCGGAAAGAGCGCUCUGAAGCCACGGCUGAAGAGCAGGACGCGGCCAUGGGGAAGCUGGACGAGGCCGAUUUACACCGGCCCCUGGACGUCUUGCACGCCCCGCAUCAACCGGAUCUUCGUUUUGAGGAAUUGCAAGCGCCUCUUCUCGAAGUCAUCUCGGCGAACCCGCGAACGGAGCCCAAACAGUUGACGGAGAUCGAUGGGGCCCAAGCGUUAGUGGCAAGCCACAACGCGAUUGCGGGGAAGGUCUGUACCCAGUUGUUGGCCAACUGGAUUUUCGUCAUCGGUCACUGUUUGAAGCACGUCCGGGUUAAGUGUUACUUGCGUGGCCAGCCGCUGAUCCAGUUCCUCAUCGGGAUUCUCCGGCGGAUUGUCCUGAGUGAGGCGUUCAACCUCCUUAGCGGACCCCAUGCGGUCGAGGAGAAAGCGUAUUUGAUGGGGAUAGCGGAGUGGGCCCGGCACGAGCGGUCCGACCCCGCGGGGAAGGACAUUGACUUUUUCGUGGGGCAAUGGUCCAGCAAGAUUGCUAAACGGCCAAGGCUGGCGCAGUCCUUUGGACAAUGGCAGUACGGAGUUUCGGCAGUUCUUACCGGGGGAAGAGUGGAACAGGAACUGGCAGCUAUCGCACGCGAUACUGCGCUGUGGUUGGAAAAACCCUUAACCUUUCCCCCGUUCCUGCGGAGCGAACUGCGAAACGUUAAAGCCCGGGAGAUACAAGUCCUCGCCAAGGCCCAUAAGACUUGGGAGUCGGUUUUGGUGUUGGCGGAUCGGGAGUUGGCGAGCGCUGCGUGUCCUUUUCCACGGAAAGGACUCAAGAGCGAGGGUGAGCAGACUGUAGAAGGUGCCCAGUCGGCGGGCAGAACCGACUCGCAGGCGCCGUCGUUCGUGGAUGUGGUACGGCGGCGCGAGUCGAGCGGCGGCGGCCGCGGUGGUGGUGCGCGCGCGCCGACGCCGAAGAAGCAGAAGACCGGAGUCACCGCGGGCGCCCAAGGCGGUGAGGCGGAGAGCGCGCGCGCGCGACGUCGUCAAAGCCGAGGGGAAAAGUCGCGGGAGGAGCCCGGCGAAGAGAUGGAAGGAGCGGGGCAGGGGCCGACUGCUACGGUCACGACCGAGGAGCCGGCAGAAGAAAAUGAAAGCAACAUGCUGCGUGCAUGGGAAGUGGCAAAAACUUCGGCGGAAGACGAGUGGCUUCGCCGCGCGCGCGCGGACAAGGUCAAGCGUUUUGGGUCUAGGAGCGACCGGGGCGGAAAGUUUGUAGAAGAGAUGCGGAAGGACGGCGUCUGGUGCAAGAUCCAACUUCUCGAGGGCACGGAAGGGAAGUGGGAGUCCGCCGGAAUCGAGUUUCCCCAGCUGCAGUUGAAAGUCCACGGAUUUUUACGGAACAUUCUGUGGGGGGAACCGGUAGGCGAACGGUUUGCACUUUUCAUGCCGGACGAGUUCUUUUUGCAGUACGUGGACGGCACCACGGUGUCGGAUCUGGGUCUUGUGGAGUUGGAACAGUUAGCUCUGGACGCGUCGCUUCAGGAGUGGGAAAGGAGCGCUAAUCGGGGGGUUCUGUUCCAGUGGGGAAUGUUGAACGAUCCCCAGCAGCUUUACGGUCCACGGACUGUGCCGCUGUCAGCCUUCCAGUGCAGCUCCCGCGACGAGGACCUCGAUUCUGCCUUCAAGGAGGUCGAUCUUACGAUUCCCGCGGCGGUCAUCGAGCAGAUCGUUUUUGAUCGCAGAAAGGAGCCGCGGUGGACGAAGGAUCGCGUUCGUGAUUUGCUCACGAAUGAAGAGUGGGGGGUUCCGGCGUGGUCAAAUCUUUCGGAAGGAGACCGGAAGGAUAACGACAGGGCUGCUCAACGACUCUUGGCCGCUUUAGGGGAGUCGGAUAAGCGGCAGAGUCGGAAGCAACAAGAAAAAGAGAAAAAGAAAAAAGAUCUGGCCGGGAUCUCCUCCGAGGAGGAAAUCCAACUCAUUGGGGAAACUCGCAGGUUUGCGGGUGAAGACUACGAGCAGAAGGGAAGUGUUCGCGAAAAGGUUACAGCCACGGUUGUGACCGCCGGAGCGGAUAUUCCAAAGGAGGGGAGGAAAAAGCCGGAACCGGAACCCAAGGGGACCGGAACGAAAAAGGGAAAGCUGAGGAAGUCGGAUCCAGAAGCGGAACGGGGACGGUUGGGGUUGAAAACGUCUCCCCCGGGAUCCGCUACCUUAGAAGAGGCCCAACUGAAGAGCCCGAGGACUCCGUCUAAGUCCCCGGCGAAACCUCUGGGGGAGCGGAACGGAAAAAGACGGAACCGGAAACCAAGGUUUCCGGCGGAAAGAAGGGACUCGACGAGGCGGGUCCCAGGCGAAAGAAAGUCGAAACGGGUAAGAAGCUUGAUGAGGGUGCCGGGCCCAAGGGCUCUGCGCCCGAAAUGGCUGUGA